AUUAUUUCAAUGUUUAGGACUUUAAUUGACCAGCUCAUGGAGAGAUUUAAAGACAAAAAGCUGUUUGUUGAUACAUGGGCAACUAAUAUUGCACCUAGAGUUUUGAAGAAGAUCAAUGAUAAUAAUAACCUGUCAAUGAAAUGCAAUGUGAGGUGGAAUGGUGACAAUGACUUUGCUGUGUUUGAUGGGCAUACACAGCAUACACAUGUGGUCAAUGUCCAUGAAAGAAAUUGCUCAUGUAGAGAAUGGAACCUCACUGGAAUUCCUUGCUCACACGCUCUUUGUGCAUUAAGAUUCAAGGAUUGGAGUUUUGAGUACUUUGUUGAUGAGUACUACAAAAAGGAAAAGUACCUUCAAACUUAUGGGACAGCAUUAGAAUGCCUCAGAGGGAACGAAGUGUUGAGGAGGAGGCCAGAAGGAGGAUGUUUGCCAUUGGAUAUGAGAUCAAUGCCUGGGCGCCCUAGAAGGAAUAGAAGAAGGGCAAAGGAUGAGCCUUUGAAACUGAAGAAGGGGAAAUUGACCAAGUUAUCAAAGCAUGGAUCUGUGUACACUUGUAGUGUGUGUGGUGAACAAGGGCACAACAAAGCUGGAUGUCCACAGAAAGACAAACAAGCAGGCCCUAGUCAAACCAAGGUCAAGAAAACGGGUAAAAAGAGUUCAAAUCCCACACAAAAACCAAAAGCAGCAAAAAAGAGCACAAAGGUUGGUAAAAAAGGUGAUACUGUCUGUCUGGGAAGGGUCGAAGGAAGAACAAGAAAAGCAAAACGAAAGCUUAAUGAUAGUUUCAUGGAGGCUGCUGGCAUUGUCAUCGAUGAAGGCAGAGCGGAAGUGCAGAACAAACAGGGUUCGAAAGGAAAGGGAAAGGAUAAGGCUUGAGAGAGCAUGAAGGCUGUAUUUUGUUUGGCAUGACUACUUUUUUGUUUAUUGGCAGUGUAUACAGUUACUGAUUUGGCCUUUAAUGUUAGGCCUUAAUGUUAUACUCUUAUUUAUGUAUGAAAAAUGUAUUUAUGUGCUCGUGAACAAUCAUAUUUUGGUAUUAUGCUGAUGUGUUUCUGAACAACCUAUUGGUGCUAUGAAGUACAAUGUUCUUUUGGUUCUUUUGUUUGUUACAAAAUGUUUAUCAUCUGCUGUUAUUUUACAGUUUU